AUGAAUUUCAAACUUCAAGGUUUCCCUAAAAUUGUUAAUAUUGUUUCGCUUUGGGAUUUAGGAAGAAGAGUUGAAAUCAAAGGUAAAUCUGGUAAGACAAGCAAAAGAUUCAAUGCAGAUGUUAUUAAAGACAACAAGAAAAGUUUACUAGUGUUUGAAUCCGGCAAAAUCAUUGCAACAGGAUUCACCUCGGUGCAAAAUGCUAAACAUUUCAUAAAACAAACAUUCCCAAGUGACCGACCAAGUUUUGUUAAUGUUGUUAAUAUGACCGCUUCGGGAGCCCUAAAUUUACAUGUUGAUGUUUUUAAAUUUGUCCAGAAUAACCGCAACGUCUCUUACGAGCCGGAAAUAUAUCCUGCAAUAUAUUGGAAAGAUAAUAAAGUCUGCGUAACUUACUAUCCAAAAGGAUCAUAUAUUGUAACUGGAGUGAGGAGUCGAAAACAAUUGAGUGAGAUAUCUCAAAAGUUUUUUAAGAGCUUAGCAAAAUAUAUAAAUGCACCAAAAGAAAACUAA